CAGGUACAGCACUCACUUACUGGGGACCCGCUUAUUUUAAAGAGGGAACAUUAGCUGCCAUGGCGGUUUGACGAGAGGACGCGACGACGACUGUCUUCAAGCGAACCCAGUCGGAUAAAAACAGCGGCAAGGUCCCCCCCCCUCCACCCCCUAAAAAAAACCCAAAAAAUGGAAGUGGAAUGUCUAGCACUUAAGGAUCUUACAAGUCCAACGAAAAGUGAACAGAAGGAAAAUAUAUGCACAGUGUGGAGGAAAUCCAUCCCGACGAAAUCUAUAGAGCCGUGCGUACCUGCGAUGAAGUGGCAAGGCGGCACCCCAGACUCGGGUCACGUCACCCCGAUCAAACACGCCGCUGAGGCCGAGCCCUGGUCGCCCAUGGCCAACCUGAAGAUGCUGAUCAACGCCGCCAGUCCCGAAAUCCGAAACCGCGAGAUGAGGAAAGUACUCUUUCGGCCCAUAGAGAAUGAGUCAGGAAGUGCGGACGUCGACAUAGAUGACGUACAGGCAGCCGAAAAUACCUGUCAGUUUGAAGCAGUGGAGGAGGAGGAAAACAUGGAGAAGAAGCCGAGCAGGAAGCAGAAGAGCUUGGGUCUGCUGUGCCAGAAGUUCCUGGCUCUCUACCCGAAUUAUCCGCCGCCCGACAAGCCAAUCUGCAUCUCCCUGGAUGAUGUGUCGACCAGUCUAGGGGUGAAGCGGCGGCGUAUCUACGAUAUCGUCAACGUGCUGGAGUCCCUCGCGAUCGUGGGCCGCAUGGCCAAGAACAGCUACCUAUGGCACGGCCGCCUGCGCCUGGAGGCCACGCUGCACGAGCUGCAGCGCCAGGGACUGCAGCAGGGCUACCAGCGGCACGUGGCGCUCGCUGCCGGGGAGGGCGAGCGGAGCCGGGACGACAACAGCCACGCGGCCGGCAACAGGAAACACAAAUCCCUGCGCAUCAUGAGCCAAAAGUUCGUCAUGCUCUUCCUGGUGUCCAAGACCCAGAUCGUCACUCAGGAAGCGGCAGCGAAGGUUCUCAUUGAAGAGAGUCAGGACUCGUCCAGUCAAACCAAGCUGCGACGUCUCUACGAUAUCGCCAAUGUGCUGACCAGCCUGGGCCUCAUAAAGAAAGUGCACAUGCGAGAGGAGCGAGGCAGGAAGCCGGCUUUUAGAUGGCUGGGACCGGUGCAUUUUAACAAUUCCGAGGCUGUUGUUGAAGUCACCCUGCCUGAAGCCCAGGACCUCAGGAAACCCCAGCUGGCACGCCACGCCUCUUUUAACAUCACCCCGACGCCCGUGGCCGUCCGGACGCAGGUCUGCUCGGCGCCAAGGGGCCUGGGCAGCGACAUGACCGGUGAGCGAGGAUUUACAUCUCAGCCGCUGGAUUAUUCCAGAAAGACAGGAGUCGUCGGCGAGGCGGUCUGCACCCUGCAGUUUGGAAGCCACAAUGAAAACACGCAGCCCACCCUGCUGGUCCCCGCCCUGCACCCAGAGCGGCUCUUUGCGGUCUCCUCGUCCCCCCACUGCCUGGCCUACGUGCCCAGCCUGUCCCAGGCCUCUGUGGUCAUGCUCUACAACCGGCCCAACGUGACGGGCGAGGCCGAGGGGGCCGCGAGGGAGGAAUCGGCGGAGGGGAGGAAGAGAUGGAGGGAAUCCGUGGAAGACGAGGAGGCGGUGGCGGUCAAGAAAAGCCCAUCUGAGUUUGAGCGAGACGAUAAGAGAGCGAAAAGCAGUGUGUCAGACGCAUCGGAGGAGGGCGUCACUGGUACCCAGGCGUCACACGACCUCUACGUACCAAACAGUACAGGUCUGAAAAGCCUCAACUUCCUGGUCCCCUCCGGCCAGCCGUUGGCCCAUCUCCCCGCCGGCGCCGUGCCCCCGCUGGCGCUGCCCUACGUCCUGGUGCCAUCCACCGCCCUCUCCCACUACCCCCUGCAGGGCACCAACGCCCAGCUGGGCUUCAACCUGCCCGCAGGCUUUAUGGUGGCGGCCACGCCGUAUGGUCUGGCGGCGGACGUUGGCCGGAUGACGUCCGUUCCAUCGCCUUCCACGCCGGAACAGGGCGGGCGUGGCGGCUCGGGGACCGCGCAUACGGCAACCACUCUGCAACCACUGACUCCGCACACUCCAAAGGAGAUCCCGGCGCCCGCCUCCAGGGCUUUCUUCCAGACUCCGGGCACCGUGGAGGGUGUCAGCGUGGCGCCCGCAGCCCGAAAGCGGGGCUCGGCGCAGAGGAGACUGGACGUCAGCCGCCCGUGCCCCUGUUAGAUGUUUAACAGCCUGCUUUAAAGCCAUACUGGUGCUAUUACAAUUUAGGGAAUUAAAUUACAGUGAACCUAUUGGCUGUUUUUGUGCCCAGUACAGCUUUGUGUGUCUCAUAUGAAAAUAUUGCUUUGGCGCCAUCUGGGGUUUACUGUUCAUCUUCGAUCGUGUUCUCAUGGAUUUAUGAUAUUAUAAAACGAGAGAAGCCAUUUUCCGAGUCAAACAGGGCCAUCCUGUGUUAGAUGUUCGCCACUAUAAGAUUUAAAGCCUUAAUUUCUCCCUCCCAAAUUUUAAAUCCAGCUACUUUCCCCCCCUCAUCAGACGUGCUUAAAUAUUUCCUAUUUAUAUAUUUUUAGCUAAUAUAUAUUACUUGCAGGGACUGUAAUGGAACACUUGAAUCACUGAGUAUGUUUCUUCAUUUGGACACAAGCUAUUAUAAGGGAUCUGUUAUUGGCUUAUUUUAAUUUAGAAAUUACUGUGAAGCUAAAUUAAUGAGGGGGGAAAAAAGUCUGUUGACAUCCGAUACUUGCGUGGCUGUAUGUGUUCUGUGUAUCGGCAACAUGGCUUGACAAUGCAUUCGGGUACUUGAAGUCCUGUGACUUUUACCAUCGAGGUAUUUUUUGCAGAACUACAAGAGUACUGUAAAGAGACGUUUGUCUACUGGUUAUAGGAUAUGGGAUAAGUGCCUUUUAAGGGUUGUUGUUGUUUAUAUUUACAGUUGUCCGGGCACAUUUUUCUUCAGGUUGUUAAGGGAGUUACCAUGGUAACCUCUUGGCCAAAAUAACGGUGCUGUGUAAGGACUGACUGACCACCCCACUGUGAACCAUUCAGGAGGCCACACCAAAGCAUGCACGGACAACCCACACUCAUACGUGUUCAUUCAUGUACACUUGUUUUUUUUUUUUUGGUGUACAUUGCUUCAGUCAUGCU